CCGUCCAAGAAAAUAACAUUUUUCUUAGCGUUUCUCUCUUUGAACCAGAUCUCUUGUCGUCAAUCAUGAAGAUAUCGGCCCUCUUUGCUGCUUCCAUGGCUGCUGCUGCCUCAACUUCCGCCGCUCUCAUCUUCUCUGCCCCUUCUUCCCCUCUUACUUGUAACUCCAAUCUUCAGUUUUCUAGCGAGAAGGAGAAAGGACAAGAGAAUUCUGCAACCCUGACCGAGAAAUUUGCACCCAAGUUUGAUGGCUUACGGUUCAUCGAGACUUUGAUCACUGCUCAUAGAUAAAAGCCCCCGUCACCACAAGCUUCAAUUUUUACCCGAUUUGAAGAUUUUUUUUCUUCUUUUAAUUGUUUUGACCUUUUUGACCUGCUGUUGAUUGUUAAGAAGAGAUAGA